AUGGUGCCUACGAGUAGUAGAUUUACUGAGAAUCGCGGACCAGGCCAAGUAGGCUACAUGUGGUCAAACAUCAGAAAUGACUUAAACGGAGCGGCAGGAUUCUGUGGAAUCUAUGAGUUUCAGGUUAGAGGAGGAACCCAGAGUGCAGUAGUUUACAUUGGAAGCACUUGCCCGCGCCAAGCAGAUGGCGGACAAUGCCGUAGAUUGAAAAACAGGAUCAUCAACUACUGCAGACACGGAAACCAUAAAGCAGAUCUAAUAAACUACUCACUGAGCAGUGGAUAUGAGCUGUGGGUCCGUUAUAAGCAAGCUGGGAGUGCAGACGAAGCUCAAGCCUGGGAAAACGCGCUGCUCGCCAUGUAUGAUUACGCGUGGAAUGUUAGAAAUAACGGCAACGUAAGGGUCGUCCCAUAGUGACGUACACUGCCUGAUCGACACUGAAGCGGUAAACGGAGACGUCCAAUUAUUCCAUGGACUGAAUUCGCCAUUGUACAGAAAAGUGUUUAUUUUUGUGCCAAACCAGUAGUACAUGAAAAAUUUUAUAGCUUAGCUUGCGUAUAGACUGAGCACGAUAACAGUCACUGUUUAAUUUGAGUACAUUUAACUGCGGCCACUAAUCGUCAUUAGCGCUGCACCCUCUAAAAAAUCGUGUCUGAUUACAGUCAAUGAAAAAGAGAUGACGACACAAGUUCCAAUAGACCCAAUACUUGCUAACAUCCUUACUCUUAGUAAAUACUUAUAUCAUGUAGACGCAGAAGUGCAGAAGAGGACUAUUAAAAUGUUUAGAUUUAUACAGUAAAGUGAUGGAUUCCAACCUUUAAUUUUUCAAACUACUUUUGCCCUUUUUUAAUCGAAGAGAAAGUUUAAUAUCGUGUCUUAGGAUCCUAGUCGUUUUUAUUUUAAGUUGAUGUCUUCAACUAAACUUUGAAGAUAUCGCAUUUAUGACAGUUUUUAGCUCAAAUCUACCGUUGAAUUGUGGCGGAAUAUUCUAAGAAAUACCGGAAGAACGUCAUUUGUCAUUCCCAGAAUUAAAAUUCUCUUUGUCUCUCACCCCUCAAUGACUCAGUGUUCAACAUAGAUUGCUAUUGAGAAAACCCGUUUGUCCUCCUUGACUCGAGCAAAAGGGGAUUAUGAAUGAGCUACUGAAUGAUUAGGAACAAUAGGGAUAAUAUGGUGGCUAAAGCCUAUGCGAGAAAUAUCCCAACAUUACGGAAUUGUUGAGGCCAAGACACUAAGGAUCAAAACUCACUAAACUGAGUAGUCAACAAAUGGCAUAUCAAUUGCUAUAACUUGUAAUAUUACAUUUUUACGUUUAAGAACUUCUUUUAGACCAGCUCUGGCUUUGAUCAGGAAGACCUCAAUUCAUAGCUGUGUCAAAUCUAUAAAACAAGCCGGAAGAAAGUAAUGACGGCGAAGCUAAGCGCCCUGCGAAACCUUAUGCUGCAAUUUAUACGGUGGAAGGAGAAAUUUCGAAGACGCGCGCGCGCACGAGAGAAGAAAAGGAAAGGCCUCCUCUCCCCUUCUCCUUUCCCUCUCGCGCGCUCUGUAAAAACGAACCAAUAUAAUUAACCAACGCCUGCCUGCCGCCAAAAAUCUCAGGUUCUUUCUAGAAAGAUUUUUUUGCAAUCUUUGAUUGGCUUAUGUGUAAACCCCCGGACUCAUUGUCACAUGACUUACUUAAUAAUGGCAAAAAGGCAUUGAAGGGACGACAAGUUGACGUGGGUUAAGUUUCUGGCUUAUCUUAGCACAGCGGUGAUAAAUACAACAGAGAUCAUAUUUAACAAACUGACAGAAAUUGGAUAGAUUAUUCUACACUCAGAAUGGCUCAUGCUCAAAAAAAGUUUAGAGAAAACAGCAAUCUUCAUUCUCCACAAAGCGAAAAUUGGUCGAAAUGGAAGACAGCCAUGGUUCCGCUGUACGAUCGAACAAACACUGUAAACCGCGACUAGAACCAAGUAGGAUUCAUCUGGAAAUAUAUACUGAACGACGGCAAUUUACCGGAGCCCUGUGGAAUUUAUGAAUGGCGAGCUAUUCGACAGGACCAGCCAGAAAGAGUCGUUGGAAGCACGUGCACACGUUGUGGCCAUUAUGUACCACUGCAAAGCAGAAUCCUUGUGUACUGCAGUCAUGGUAGUCAUAAAGAAACUCAGAUAAAUGACGCAUUAACGAAAGGAUAUACACUGGAGGUUCGUUAUAAUUAGCAGGCUUGAAAUGAACCACAAGCUAGAAAACUGGAGAAUGACUUGCUUGACAUGUAUGAUCACGCUUGGAAUGAGAGGCGCAAUGGCGGAAAACUUGGUAUAAGACUAUUGCCCAACUGAUAUGCCGUCAUAUAGUGUACGAAGAUAUAAGAGGCCAACUAAAGGCUGUCAUAAAGUAACUCUAAAGGAACUUUCGUAGUUAAGAUUGAAGUUUUCUUUAAUACUUACAGUGAUAUAACUUUCCAGCACCUGUUUUUCUUUUCUUCUUUCCUUUUUUAGAGGGCAGUGGAAAGAUAAUACGAUAAGAAUUGAUUCAGUGUUUAUUUCAGUUUUAUCUGUUUUAUGUGUAAUAACAGCGGAGUUUUAAUCAUUAAAAAUAUAUGAGGCCCUACCAGGGUAAAUUCCGACAAGCGACGUGGCCCAAAAAGUAUCGACAGCGCGUAAAAUGAAAUCGCGACAAGAGACAACCUCCCUCGGCCAAUCUGCGACAGUGACGGCAAAGCCGACAAUAAGCGACAAGCAUUUAUAAACACCGACACGAGACGUUUUAAAAUUCAGACGGGCGACAUGAGACCCCCCUCCCCUGGCAGGGCCUCAUAUAUUGUUAGAAAAGUAUAUUUGAACAUUACUUAGAGUGAACUGAUUUACCAAAUUUUGCUCCACGUGGCAAGCCUUUUUGGACAUCAAAUAGACUAUGUCACCCGUAUAACAAAGAAGGCUAGGAAAUUAACCAAAGUUGAGGUUAGCGAGGAAAACUGUAUUUUGGUUUCUGAGGGUGACUUCAACUGUACGGGCGUGUAGUGAAUAAAAUAUAAGCGUCAGCAUAGGAUUUCCGAAAAUGAGAACAUCCUUGGAUAACAUGACCCUGUAUGCUGAAUUUUGAAGCAAAUUGGAUCGCACAAAACAUGCAAAAUCGAUUCACUUUGAAAUUGUCUUCUUAUAAAUGGUUGUGCAUAUAACACGUGUUCUCUUUGAUAACAAAUUGAGGUGAGGUCAGUUUAAAAUAAUUUAAUAAGGUCUAAAAUACACAAGGCGUAACGUAACCUAUCUUUUUCUCAGAGAAAAGCCAGAAGGAGCUCAGAACCCUUGGCUAACCAAAUGGCUGAUGCAGGAUUUUAUUGUAAUUAUUUUUCUUUUAGCCCCAAAGGAGGGUUUGUCUUAAAACCGUAACAUCGGGCUAAUUUGUUGAAAUAUAUAUUUUUAUUUCUUUUAUUUUACCGUCUCACCAACAUAAAGAAAAAAAAAAAGAAAGAUUUUGCCUUUUGUUAUUACGACUUUCAAUCCUCAGCUACUACGAAUUUCAAAAAGAUUCUUAGAAACACUGGCACAUUAUUACGGGCAAUAACACAAAACUGAGAAAGGUUUGGACCCAGGAGUCAUUUCAUAAGUAGACUUUGUGUCCAGGUGAACGUAAUCCUGAAUAGCACUGUUGUUGUUGGCAAUAAUACACUCGCGCAAAUAUAUCCUAACGCCCCCAUUAUUGCUCAUCGGAAGGAAAAAUCUCUAAAAGAUUCCCUUGUUAGAGCCAAAAUUCCUUCACUUUAACAACAACAUUAAAGGAGUUAAACAUGGUAAGGGGUGAGUGACGAUAUUAUUACACACUAGUCUGCUGUCUGAAUUUAUUGUUAACAACUUGUGGUGAUGUUGACUGAAAGGGCACUACGCUCUCUGUUCCAAAAAAGCGUUGAGUUGUAUUUUUGCUGAACUUAUUGCAUGCUAUGUUUUUAGGUAGAAGUUUGACUAUUUCUUCUUCCCUAAACGUGAAAAAAAUGUCAAUCUCCAGCUCUACCAAAAACAACUUAAGGAAACCUCGUCCCCAAGGCUUCUUGGUUACCGUCCUUUUUUUUUGCGGUACCCUGUGCAAAUGGCGUCAUGUUACGACAUAUCGCUGAAACGUCACCCAUAUUUGGCCAACCUAGUUGGCUUAGUUAUGAAUUUGAAGCAUUGGCCCGCGGAAAUGAGCCAAUCAGAAACGUCGUCAAUGUUAAGAAAGGAUUUAUCUAAGGCUGACUACGCUACUGAGACAACUUUUCUUGCAAAGUGUGUGAGCAAUUUUCUUCGAGAUGUUGCCCACCCGGCCCCUAUAUCCUAUAAGCCAGUGAACAAGGAUGAUUGCACAAAAGAAGCUUUAAAGCAUGAUACCUUCCGGGUUUUCUAAGAAAGCAAAAACGUCACGUGUUUCGCUUUAUUUAUGUCGCUUCAAUUAUGUCUGACUUUAUAUCAAUGCGCAACAUGUCACUAAGGCCACGAGGCUUCCAUAAUGGUUUGCACCGCGAUGUCCCAGUCAUAUUCUUGUAUUUUUAGGAAGUUCCGAAGAGCAGAAGAGCCUUACCUGAGCUAGGCAUGGCUAAAGGGCUAUUUCUCAGAAAAACCGCAAGUUCUUACAGUGUUACCGCGGUUUAAUCCUGAGAAACCACAAACAUUUUGAUUGGCUGAUUACGUGCAAACUAAUUUUUCGCGUGGCAUGCAAAGUUAAUGUUCUGUUUCAACCAUUAACAUUGCAGUCGUAAGUCAUUGGAUCAGCCUAAUAUUCGCUGCUCCUGCUAAACACAGACCACUGUCCUUGCCGAAGUUCUUUGGCGACCAUUAUUUAACGCUUUAUUCCAACGAAGCUAGUCUUUGCAGCCCGUUGCUCACGCAGACGGUAUGUUUCUACCACCAAAGUCAGUUAGAGAAAAUAAUGAACUCGUAAGGUUUCAAGGCCAAGGUCCGUGGUUACAAUGGAGGAGAGCAAUGGUGCCUACAAGUCACGGUAGCUAUACUAAGAAUCGCGGACCAGGCCAACCAGGGUACAUUUGGUCAAACAUCAAGAAUGAGUUAGACGAAGUGGCCGGAUUCUGUGGAAUCUAUGAGCUUCAGGCUAGAGGAACUCUUCCCCAUAACCUACAGAGUGCAGUAGUUUACGUUGGAAGCACUUGUCCGCGCCAAGCAGAUGGCGGAGUAUGCCACAGGUUGAAAAACAGGAUCAUCAACUACUGCAAAUAUGGAAACCAUAAAGCAGGCCUAAUAAAAGACGCAUUAAGCAGAGGAUAUGAGCUGUGGGUCCGUUAUAAGCAAGCUAGGAGUGCAGAGGAAGCUCAAGCCUGGGAAAAUGCUCUGCUUAACAGAUACGAUUAUGCUUGGAAUGUAAGAAAUAACGGCACCAUAAGGGUUAUCCUCCCAUAG